AUGAGGUGUGAGAAGAGCCAGCUGUGCAGACCUCUUCACUCCGUCUUCUGUGAGGACGAGAAGCCAUCCCGGGGUUUAUUGACGCCACUCCAGACACUGACAGUCUUCCUCUUUGUCAAACUGUCAUGGCUGCCUCACUCACGGAUCAUGUCGGGAUCAUGUGGAGAUGAGAUGAUGAGUGUGUGGGCAGUGAGACGGAGCCCGCUGUGCGCUAAAGGUGACCUAUUCGCUCAUAGAAUCAUGCCUCGUGGCACGGUCCACUUUUAG